UCGGGGCAGGCAUGGGAGUCGCGCGCGUCCUCCCGGCGCCCACACCUGUUGGAGCCGCGCAGUGAGCCGCAGCCCCUGCGGGCUGCUCGGCGCGGAGUGGUGCUCAGCAUGGCGGGGAUCCCAGGGCUCCUCUUCCUUUUCCUCCUCCUGCUCUGUGCUGUUGGGCAGGUGAGCCCCUAUGGCACCCACUGGAAACCCACUUGGCCUGCUUACCGCCUCCCCGUGGUCUUGCCCCAGUCCACCCUCAACCUGGGCAAGCCAGACUUUGGGGCUGAAGCCAGAUUGGAUGUGUCCUCCUCGUGCGGACCCCAGUGUCAUAAGGGGACUCCGCUGCCCACUUACGAAGAGGCCAAGCAGUACCUGUCUUACGAGACGCUCUAUGCCAACGGCAGCCGCACGGAGACGCAGGUGGGCAUUUACGUCCUCAGCAGUGGCGGGGGCCAAGAGUCUUCGGGAAGGUCUCGGAGGAAGCGGCAGAUUUAUGGCUAUGACAGCAGAUUCAGCAUCUUCGGGAAGGACUUCUUGCUCAACUACCCCUUCUCCACAUCAGUGAAGUUAUCUACGGGCUGCACGGGCACCCUGGUGGCGGAGAAGCACGUCCUCACAGCUGCCCAUUGCAUCCACGACGGGAAAACCUAUGUGAAGGGGACCCAGAAACUUCGAGUGGGCUUCCUGAAGCCCAAGUUUAAAGACAGCGGUCGCGGGGCCAACAGCUCAAGCUCCACGGGGCCGGAGAAGAUGAAGUUUCAGUGGAUCCGGGUGAAGCGUACCCACGUGCCCAAGGGUUGGAUCAAAGGCAAUGCCAACGACAUUGGCAUGGAUUACGACUACGCCCUCCUAGAACUCAAAAAACCCCACAAGAGAAAGUUCAUGAAGAUUGGGGUGAGCCCUCCGGCCAAGCAGCUGCCCGGGGGCAGGAUCCACUUCUCUGGGUAUGACAACGAUCGACCCGGCAACUUGGUGUACCGCUUCUGUGAUGUCAAAGACGAGACCUAUGACCUGCUCUACCAGCAGUGCGACGCCCAGCCCGGGGCCAGCGGCUCCGGGGUCUAUGUGAGGAUGUGGAAGAGGCAGCAGCAGAAGUGGGAGCGGAAAAUUAUUGGCAUCUUUUCAGGGCACCAGUGGGUAGACAUGAAUGGUUCUCCGCAGGACUUCAACGUGGCCGUUAGAAUCACCCCUCUCAAAUAUGCUCAGAUCUGCUAUUGGAUUAAAGGAAACUACCUGGAUUGCAGGGAGGGGUGAUGCAGGGUUCCUUCCUGGCCACCCUUGAUGGUCUUUGUGUACUUAUUUUAGGAGAGGCCAAAUGUUGUCAUUGGGGUGUGUGUGCAUCUGCACGUGUGAUGUGUCAUGAUACCUUUUACCUAACUUUUUAAAGUUGCAAGAUGCCUGGCUUUAUGAUUUGAAAACUGGUUUGUGUAUCCUGCAUCAUUUAAGGAAUUUAAAGGCAUACUUUUGCAUAGAAAUAAAAACAAACAAACACACCACAUUGAUGUUUGGGACAAUAGGGAAUAUUUAGCAAGUAAGUUAAUCUUUCACUUUUGGAGAACUUUGAACUUUUUUCAUCUGAACUUGUUUCAAAGGUUUAUAUUAAAUAUGUGGCAUACGGGAGAUAAGAGAUUCUUAAAUUCUUA